UUCAAGCAGUAAAAUGAGAGUUUGCUCAUUUCGUUAUCCAUGCAUAGCAGUGCUUAUCCUCAGCUUUAUAGUCCUCUGUAGUCCCGUUAUUUGUUAGUUACAGGUUGUUCUCCACGGGUAUCAGAUCAGAGCAGUUUCAAAAUGUACCAUUUCAAUUGAUGUUUGACUUAGACAACAUACAAUCAGAAGGUUUCCAACAUACUCAUUGAUUUCCUUGCUUUCCAACAACUACAUGAGGUACUAUUUGAACCAUAUCAAAAGCUCUUGAUUCGUUCUACCAUUUUGCUUUUCAUUGCCACAAACACUUAGUAGUUACAUCAGUUUGCACUAUUCGUGGCUCUGUUACAUCCCUUAACAGUCUCGACGCUAGAUGGUUUAGUGGAUUGUGCGAUACUUCAAGACCUGAUCAAGUAUCCGAUUGAAUAUAGGACUACACAUAACAGUAAACCUUACGUUCCAUUAUCAGAUGGUGAUUACCUCUUAAUCGAGUCACUUAGUUUAAGGUAAACGUAUUUUUUCUUUAUUUAACAUAGUUUUCUGCAGUAAAUUGCCUCGAAUACCUGUAAAUGCGUUUUGAAUGUUCUAUUUUUAAGAAUGUAAUCAUCUCAGACUUAGAGGGAAGUCUUAAUCUCCUGCUGUCCGCACAGUUUGUGUUAAUUCUAAGUGGAUAUGCGUUUUCUAUGAAAGAUAUAGACUAUAUAUUACUUAUCGGAACCAAUAAACCAUUCAGUUUGCAUCUUUGUCAAGCGUAGUUUUUAUACGAAUUUGGAGUUUAUGGAAGAAUACUGAACGUGAAGGCAUAUUUUCAUGCAAGAUUUUAGUUCAAGCGAUAUCGUUAUACGCAAUAUAUAGUCACUGUUUGUUGUUAUCAUGCAUACUAACGUAUUGUUACGACAGUCCUUUCUCAACAUUCUUGAUGACAAAGCGAGUAUCUCUCUAUAAAGGACUGAAUGCGAUGAUGUUGUACUCUUUCAUUCUUGUUAUCAGAUCUAGACUUCAGCUGAAAGCGAUGAUCGUAUUUUGCAUCUGGAUCUAACUUUAGGAGGUUACAACCGUACAUUACUUAUACCAUUCAUUCACAUCUGUUAUUUUAGUGUGUAUUCUGUGCUUUAGGUGAUGGAAGAUUGUGCCACUUUCGGAUAAUGCUAGGCCACACUUUGUUAACUAUUCUUGUUAUUGCUAUGAAACGUUUUCCGUCUUGUUCCGUCUCUUAAUAAUGAUGGUA